AUGAGUGGGAGAGGUCUAGGGAAAGCCUUCCGCUGCUGCGAUUGCACGGUCAGGAGCUCAUCGAGAGGUGUCUCCAUUCAGCGUCGGAACUUCACAAACUCUUCAUCCUGGCAGAGGCAUGGUGCCGUCCCAGCCUUCACCGAAACCUCCUCUCCCGAAUUGAACGCUCUCCUCUCCGAAAUCCGCCUAAAAAUCUUCCUACCAAGUCAUCUUAGCAGGCAGCACCAAGGCCUAAUUUACAAAGAAAAAUAUGAAAACGAGCUUUCUACAGAGCCGGUAAUUGCCACAAUAGCAGAAGAGGACUUCCGACUGCAAUAUAUCGAUAAGAGAAAAGAUGUACCAAAUUCAAAGAAAACCUUAUUCAGGGCAAUGAAGCUCAUGAAGGACAAGAAGGACUGGGCCAAUCUUCCCAACCUGCUUGAAGGAUUGAAUGUAGCUGGUACGAACACGAAUUCAGAGCAUGUCAAGGGCGCAGUUGUGACCCAUUGUAUGAUGGCCGGGCGGCAGGAGGUGCUUCUCGAGUGUCUGAGGCGAGUUAAGGAUACGGGGAUGCAAUUGAAAGAACCGAGAUUUGUGGUUCGGGUCAUGCUUGCGAUGCAACGCAGAGCUUUCAGUACCGAUUUCCAUGAGCAUGAAACGGCGAAAGCAUUGAAAUGGGCUGAGAUGGUGGUGGCGUUGAUGGAGAAUCCCAAACAUGCUGGCAGCAGAGUUCUUGCUGGAGAGAACGAUCCACGACUGCAGCCAGAGGUUAUCGGGAUACUACUUGAGCUUGCUGCUGUGAGAGCUGUGAAGCACUUGGAAAGCCGAGAUGUGGACGGGAAGGUGGCGGAAUACGGCGCUAGAUUGGUAGGAACGUCGUUGGAAUUCAAGACACCAGCCGAAGAAACUGAGUAUGAACUCAAUCCGUGGUUAUGGGCGCACGUUCAAGUACUUCACGGAAUAUAUGAGGCGCUGAAAGUACUGGAGCCGUCUUCGGCCGUGGCUGAGGGACUACAGCAGAAGGGCGAAGUGCUGGAUGUAAUGGUGUCGACAUAUUACGAAAAGCUGGCAAGCAUUGCGAGCAAAAAUCAGAAGCAGCUCAUCGGCUUGCAGAUGUACGAGAAGCUGUUGGGUUAA